AUGAAGACGGUUCCACGAGAUGUUAAAGUACAUAUAGAUGUGAGUGUGUCGUUGAGCACUAGAAGCUACCUCAAUACAGCUUGCAUCAAUCUCUUCCACAAACUCCAGAGACAUGUCGUUGACGAAUCUGAUGGAACCAUCAAUUGUAUUGGACUUUACCCCGCGCCUCCUCUUCCCGUCCCUCAUAUCUGCUUGAAUCUCUAUAAAGACAAAACCAGUUCACAAGAUCUUCUUUCUCGUCUCGAUUCCCAUCUCCAUAAUCCUUACUUGUCUCGUCAGAUCGUCGAGAAGAUGGCUGAACAAGCGGCUCGGAACAACGGGUUUCUACUAGAACCUUACCUCAUGGCCGUUAACGUUGUUUUGGUCCAAGACGUGUUCCACAAGAUUCCUGUUUCUUGUCUUCCUGGAAAAGAAGAGACCCUAAAGAAAGAAACGACAUGUGCCAUCUGUUUGGAGGAUUUGUGGACUAACAAACAGUUGAAAUUGCCACAUUGUUCGCAUCAGUUUCACUUUAGAUGUAUCAGCAAGUGGUUACAGAGUCGCAACUCUUGCCCUCUCUGCCGUGAAAUUGUGUUCGUAAAGAGUGAUUUUGAGUGA